AUGCUCUCGGGCCUCCCAUCGCCCCAAAAGAAAACGCUCUUCCAUUUUCUUCUCGCAGAGCUUAUUAAGGCAUAUAAAGGAGCACACAGCCAGAAAACCAGCAACUCUGGCAGUCUAGAGGAGCCGUGUGAAAAAAGAACUGAAGACGAUCCAUGCGCCAUUGACUCUGUGCUAGUUGUUCUGCAAAACGCAGUGGGUGUUAACGCACGGGAGGAAACUGCUAAAAUGCGGUCUAUUAUACAAAACAAGCUCAGCAAAAGAGUGCUGGUUCUCAUCUAUGCGCCUCUGCACAUAAAGGGCCUUCGGUACGAAAUAUCAUCCACAGCUAAAAACAUGGGAAUAGACACUGCACACGUGUACUGUGCUGCAGGCUACCAAGAAGGGGGAGAGAUACGAGCCGAAGAAGUAGAGAAUAUGCACAGAGAAGAGUGCAGCGCUGUUGAAGUGCAUGCAGGCGGAGAAAAGACAGAAACAUUCGAGGUUGUUUCCAGGAUAUUUGAAAAGCCAAGAAAAACAGACAAAUGGGACACGCCGUGUUUUGUAGUGGAUGCCGAGAAUAUUAACAUGUGUGCGCAGGCGGCCCUUGAGAAAGCGUGUGCUGUGAUGCAAAAGUCAGUUAGGCCCCGAACAUCGUCAAAAAAGCUCAUAGCAGGCCCUCUAAACACCGAGUAUCUGCAGAAGGUGAAAGAGAUAAUCAGCAGCGUGCUGGAAGAAAAGAAAAAAACAAGAAACAUUCCUCUGAAAAUAUCGAGACAGGCUGAGAUAGACUUUAUUAGCUCCAUACAGAUGACUCCUCCUCCAGUAGAGAAGACAAAAGAGAUAUACGCCUUUUUCCUAGAGAAGUAUCUAAAUUAG